CCUUAGCCAAGUAGUGCGAGCAAGGAGUGAUGUCACUAGACCCAGACAGGUCAACCUGUAUCGAUGGCAUCGUGACUUCCAUCACAAGAAUGGGUUGGCAGGUGUUGGAAGCUCCCGGAGUAAAAGUCCGUGGCUAUCUUAUUUAAAAACGUCUCAUCGCCCUACUCCUCUGGGCUUCUUCUUUUCCCCCCCAUCACAAUCAACACACCUGCACUCAAAUACCAACCUUCAGGAUCACAUCCAACCAGUCCAUUCAGCACCACAUCAACCUUUACAAUGGCCGACAGCAACCAGCCCUCCACUCUCCAGUCCUACGUCGACUCUGCCACUGGCAAGGUCCAGUCGGCACUCGGCAGCGUGACCGGCAACACUGGUGACCAGGCCAAGGGUGACCUCCGCGAGGACAAGGCCCAGUCCGAGUACGACGCUUCGCACGCCACUGCUAAGCUUCCUGGCGCCACCAUCUCUGGCUCUGGUGCUGCUGUCACCGACAACAAGGACCGCACUGACGGUUCGUGGAACCAAACGGCUGGAUCUGCAAAGGAGACUCUCGGCGGACUUAUGGGAAAUGAGAACCUCAAGCAAGCUGGCCGACAGCAGAAUCUUGAGGGUCAGCAGCAGGAGGCUAAGGGUCAGCUUUCCGACCUUGGCUCUGGUAUUUCCGAUCGCGCACAGGGUGCCGUUGGCAGUGCCGUCGCUGGCCUGACUGGUGACGAGUCCAAACAGGCUCAGUACAACCAAAUGCAUGCCGAGGGAAAGACACAGCAGCGUGGUGUCGAGCACGACGUCACCAAGCAGGCGGAGGCUGAGCGUCAGCAGUAAGGGAGGAAGUAUGGAUUGACCUGAAAUUUGAUACCCUACGAUGAGAAUGGCCAAAGCCUUCUAAAAGUCUUAUCAAUUAAAAUAAUUAUACAACACUGAUCAUCACAAAUUGAC